AUGAAUGAUACACCACAUUUAGUCGCUCAUUUCCUGGCUGCUGGAGCAGAAAAACGUUUGGAAGAUUACUACUUUUUACGCAAUACAUAUGAAACUGUUGCCGGACAAGAAGUACAACUUAAUCGUAUUUUACGUAUGCUUGGUGAAGAUGAAAUUAGUUUGAAUUGGCGAAUGGAUUUGAGCCCGAUGGGCAGAAGUCGAUGUCGUUCUGCUUUUGAAUUUGAUCGAUCGAAUAAUCCGCUGGUUUUGAAAGGCAAUAUUGCUUAUGAACGUCUUCGAGACUUAGAACAGCAAACAUUUCGAUAUGUAAGAGAACCGUCAGCACCUGUGACGUCUCGACGUGUCCAAGAGAUUCGAGAACGUCGACAACGAUUCAGUGAACAACGUGAGUUUCUACCUUCAUCGAGUUCGACUGGUAUUACUUAUCCUGCGUCGUCAUCAUCGUCUCGUUCACGAGCUUUAGCUGAUUAUGAUAACGCCAUAGCAGCGUCGGAUAGAAAACGGCAACAGCAAGCAGACGAAAAACGUUUCAAUGCUUCGAAAGAUGAUGAUAGAACUGCAACUGAUAGAAAGUAUGACAAAUAUAAGACCACAUUUACUGAUGAUAAUGAUGAAAGUCAAAAGUACCGACGAAAAUCGAAACAAAUGAUCGAUGAAUUGAAUGAUCGAUUAGGAAGAGUUUCUCUUUCAUACGACGAUCAAAACAACAAAGUGUCUACCGAUCGCUAUAGAAAGACAUCUAGAGACCAAGACAACGGAAUGUCUACCGAUCGCUAUAGAAAGGCUUCUAGUGACCAAGACAAUGGGCUAUAUAGUGAUCGAAAUAGAAAAAUUUCAAAAGAUCAAGAUAACGAGGUGUCUAUAGGCCGAGACAAGAAGACAUCAGACAAUCAAGACAAUGGGUUGUACGUAGAUCGGAACAGAAAGGCUUCUAGAGAUCAAGAGAACGAACCAUAUGCAGGGCGCGGUAGAAAGGCAUCUGAAGAUCAAGAAGAAAAUUCUGGUAAAACUCGAACAUUAUCAAUGAAAUCUGAUCAAGACAAAACAACCGAUAUUGAAUUAAUUUCAUUUACUGUCCGCUGUCAAACUUUAUCGCCAUCAAAUAAUACUCAAGGUGAUGAAAAUAUUUCUCUUCGCCUUUUAUGCAAAUGGGCUUCACCAAGUUCGUCAUCAGCCAUCGACUACUAUACCAUUGAACGUCAAGUUAGCGAUGACGACUGGUCGCCGGUCGGAGAACAUAUUGAUAAAUAUGCAAAUCAAACUCAAUUAGACAUUUCGUCAUCCACAGACACAAGUAAUCUAAUCAAUGAAAGUCGACCUGUCUACUUUCGUCUCAAGGCUCAUCUGCAAAAUGGACAAAUAUUUAUGAGUAAACCAACAGAUGAAAUUUAUUUAAAUUCAUCAUGCGAAAACAAUAUCGUUGUGCCUAAUGUCGAAGUUCUCUCGCCUAGUUCAGUACAAUUGACAUGGAAUGACGAUAAGCAGGUAGAUUCUACCAAAGGAAAUAAUCAGCAAGAGGAGCAAGCAAAUGUGUAUAACGUUGAAAAGAAAGAAGAAGACAUAGCUAAUUGGGAAAAAGUUACUGAAGUUCCGUUAUCUCAACGAUCGGCAAGAAUCGAUAGUUUAACUGACGCUGAACACUGUCAGUUCCGUUUGGUACCAACAGGAGUUGAAUCUGAAUCUGAAAAAGUUGCGGAAACAGGUGCAGAACCUGAACCCGAAUUGAUAACUGUGCACAACGUAAAUGAACUAUUGAGUUCUUUACAUAUCGCACCAUCUUCACCAACUAAAGUGAACAUCGAUAUUUCCGAAGACGGCUUCAAACAAUAUGACUCAUAUAAAGUUGAAUACACAGCAGCAAAUCAAUUAGAUGGAUGGAAGCAGAUGUCGAACAUCACCAACGAUGAUCCACGUUUAACAAUCGAUGGUCUCAAACAAGGAACUGAUUAUAAAUUUCGUUUCACUCCAAUCGCAUCUGGAACAGCGACAAAUACAGGAAAGAAUGACGUAAACUCGUCUCAACUUUCACUUAUUUUGGAUGUUAAAACGCCAUCAGCACGAAGAGGACGAUUCAACCAGGAAGAAGAUGAAACUCCAGCUGCUACUCCAUCUCAAUCGUCGACGAAGGACAUAUCCAGUGAAACAAAAAACAAAACUGAAAAUGCUGUCAUUGAUUCCUCGACGGAAAAAGUUGCUAACGAAAGUGAACGUAAACCAUCAGUAGUGGCGUCAUCAUCAUCAAGAUCCUCCUUUCAGCAAGAUGUCGAUGAAGGAAAAACAGCAACACCUCGUUCAGCGAAAUCUUCGAUUCCAAAUGAAAUCGAAGAGGAUGCGAAUCAGUACGAAGAAGCUUCUUCGGACAAAGAUGCGAAUGAGAACGAAAAGUCAGAGACUAAAUCACCGAAAACUUCUUUUCGAGAAGAUGUCAACGAAGACGACGACAAAACUGACACGAAUGCUGCAUCUGUAUCGGCAGUUCCUCACUUCAAAUUAGAAAAACUUGAUUCGACUAGUGUUCUGAUCGAAGCAAUUGUUCCGGAAGAUGAGCCAGCAACAUUCGAAGAUGUUUUCGAUGUAUAUUCGAAAAAAGAAACAACAGAGGAAGAUUGGACGAAAAUUGGAACAAUUGAUAAAGAAAACCUAAGCACCAAAGUGGAAGAUCUUGAAGAAGAUACAGCAUAUGCGUUCAAAAUUGAUAAUACAACGUCACCCUCAACGGAUGAUCAAAUGAGUACAGUUCAAGAAUUCAAAUUUGUUACAACACCAGCAAAGCAAUACGAUCCAUCAUUAUUUCUUGAAAGAAUAGAAGAAAGUCUAGAAAAUGUUGUCAACGGGGUUAUGGAAGCAGCUGCGGGUCAUCAAGUUGUCGAAGAACCAAUCAACAAGAGUCUAAACGAAGUGAUUAAAGAAGUAUUUCGAGAUGAUACACUCGUACCAAGUGAAAAAUACGGCUUCGAAACCUUAGCAUUAAAUAAUGAUUUGCAAUUAUAUCGAGGUCCAAAGCAAAUGAUGCUAAAAGAAUUAGAAGUUGAUGAAACAACCGAUUCAUCGAAACAUUACGGCGAAAUCAUCAUUCAUAAUUAUCGCACUGCUCAUCAAUCUGUCGUUGUUCGAGAAGAAAACGGAAACACUAGCGUCACUCAUAUCGAUGGCGAUGUUAUCAUUCGAAAUGUCGUUAGUGACGUUAUUUUAAAAAACGAACAAACACAUCUUCAAUUAUCAAUGAAUAUCGUUGGUCAAGCAUUUCUAAAAGGUGUUCAAGGUAGUUUAAUUGCAUCAAAAUUUCGAGGAAUAAUCGUUGUGAAAAAUGUAAAUAAAUAA